AUGGCUCACAGAUUGCUUGUAAAUGUGAUAUUCACCGGUGCAUCCGUUUUUGGUAGAGCAUUCACGGAAGCAUACAAACAGGCAGCUAAAGCUUCUGCUGCUGGAGCUGCUGCAGGACCAGCCAAAGCCGCUUCACAAGGAGGAAUAUCCACAGAGGAAGCAAUGAAGAUUUUGAAUUUGGAAAAGAAUGAGGUAUCCUUAGACAAGCUAGAAGAGAAGUACAAUUACUUGUUUGAUGUCAACUCGAAGGAGAAAGGUAAUUCAUUUUACCUACAAAGUAAGGUGUAUUAUGCGAUGGACACGUUGAAAAAGGAGCUAGAGUAUUUGGAGAAGUUGAAGCAAAGCAAGGAUGGGGAGACGUCGCAUUCUGGAUGA